AUGACCAAGAAACACACAAGCACCAUCAAAAACGGCUCCGGCUGCGCGGAACACGCCGAUAAACCUGAGCAUAAAGAGAUCGACAUCCUAGUUGACCGCUUCCUCGAAUACAAAUCUAUCACCAAAGGUUUUAUAGCAUAUUAUGAAGACCUUGCCAAGUUGGAAACCUCCACGGCCGCCGAACUUCAGAAAAUUGGAGGCCAUUUGCCAGUUCCGUUACGGGAAGGCAAUCAAUUUUUAGCCGAGGGCGCCGGCGGUUGGCAAACCAUCCUCUUCAACACUCGCGAGCGAACUCGGGCAAUUUCGGAUCAUCAUACUGCCUUUGCUAACUCCAUCACGCAGAGCACUUUGCACGGUCUCAAUAAGAUCAAAACAGACGUGAAGGAGCUUAUCGCCGACCUGGGAGCGAAACCCACUCAACUUGCCACUGAAGUUGGUAAGAGUCGCGCAGAUUCUACCCAGGCGAUCAGUCACCUCUCACAGGCGAUUGCCCAGUCGAAAACUAAUCCGGCGGCUUUGGUGGCUCACGAUGAUCCGGUCCUCUUACACCGCCAAGUCGAAGAACAAGUCAAGGAACAAAUGAAUCUUGAGAAUUCCUUGACUCGCACAAUCAUCGAAUACCAGAAAAAGGGACUCGAGCUUGAAAAGCGCGUGAAUAUUGACCUCCAGGCGGUGAUAAAAGACUUUGAAUCCGCACGACUGAACACCGAAAAGGCAAUCUCUAACGAAUGGCAAACUAUCCAUGCCGGUGUCACGGGGCUAGAUCCUGAGCUUGAGUGGACUGAAUUCGCCAAGCGCAGUGGUCAUCUCGUUCCUGAAGAUAUUCAGAUGCGUGAUCUUGAAAAAAUCACUUUCCCUGGCCACAAUGAAGAACUCACCAGCCCGAUCAAUGUGGGCCUUCUCGAGCGGAAAAAGAGGUUUACGCGGAACUACAAGGAGGGUUAUUAUGUUCUUACACCCUCCGGCUAUUUGCAUGAAUUCAAGACUUCUGACCCCUUGAAGCAUCACGAACCGGAAAUGUCCAUAUUCUUACCCAAUUGUACGCUUGGUGCACCGGCUCCACCCGAGGCCAAGACUUUCAAAUGGCACAUCGAGGGAGCCAGGCGCACGAGUGGUGGUCACAACACUGGAAGUCUCAAUAAAAUGAAGAAGUCGUUGCACAUCGGAAGUAAAGAAGUUGCGUUCAGUUUCAAAUCGCGCACUCAUGCCGAAAUGAUGCACUGGUGGGAAUUGAUGCAAAAAGUUGCGCAACAUUCCUUAACCCUUACGGACAAGAGCGAAGAUCACUCCCCUCAAACUGUAACACAUCGUGCAGGGCCCAAUCAAGAGGAUGAAGCUGGCGGCUCCUCUGAAGAAGAAGAAUCGGCACUCAGUCCAGAUGACCAUUCGACUGGGCCGAUCACACCCCAUGUGAUGUCAAACAGCCACCCGGCCGUUGUCACUCCUACCAAGCAAGCUCACGAGAACCUCCCUGAGUACAAAGGUGAACACCGUGGGUUCGACGUUCUCAAAGAAAAUCCUAACCCGCAACCGCUUUCUCAAGAUACUAAAACCCUUGUUCCUCAGUAG